AUGGCUGGGGGGACAGCGGGGGGUUUGGCGGUGGGGAGGGCGGACGUAGAGGAGGCGAUGGGGGCGGUGAAGCGGCGGGUGGCAACGGUGAUCGGCACUCCCAAGGUGCCCAACGUGCGGUGGGAUGACAUCGGUGGGCUCGAGGACGUCAAGGCUGCUAUCCUUGACACCAUCCAGGUGAUUCCCCAGGCUCAGCUACCCCUGCGGCACCGGCACCUGUUUGCAUCGGGGCUGCGGCAGCGCUCCGGUGUGCUGCUGUACGGCCCGCCGGGCACCGGCAAGACGCUGCUGGCGAAGGCGGUGGCGACGGAGUGCUCGUUGAACUUCCUGAGUGUGAAGGGCCCGGAGCUGAUCAACAUGUACGUGGGCGAGUCGGAGCGCAACGUGCGCGCCAUCUUCGCCAAGGCGCGCGCCGCCCGCCCCUGCGUUGUCUUCUUUGACGAGCUCGAUGCGCUUGCGCCCGCCAGAGGGGCCGCUGGGGACUCGGGGGGCGUCAUGGACCGCGUUGUCUCCCAGCUGCUUGCUGAGGUGGACGGCAUAGGGUCCACGUCAGCAUCGGAUCUGUUUCUGGUGGGCGCCAGCAACCGCCCCGACCUCAUCGACCCCGCGCUGCUGCGCCCCGGCCGCUUCGACAAGCUGCUCUAUCCCCACAAGGUGCUGCAGGCGCUGACACGCCGCUUCCACCUGGGGGCGGGGGUGUCGCUGCAGAGCAUCGCCGACCGCUGCCCCGACACUUUCACCGGCGCCGACCUCUACGCCCUCGCUGCCGACGCGUGGCUCUGCGCUGCCAAGCGCACCGUGGGGCACGGCCACACACCAGGCCGCUCUGCUGCUGCACGCUCCAAGGGGCACGGCGUGGAAGGUGGAAAGGAGGGGGAAGGGGACGAUGCGGUGGUGGUGGAGCAAGCAGACUUCCUUAAGGUACUUGCCACUCCCUCCCCUUGCCUCUCCUCUCUUGGCAUUCUUGUCGCAUCCAGCGCAGUGCGCGCGCUGCUGGACGUGCGCGCGGCGCUGAAGGAGGCGAACCCGGCGGCGCUGGAGUCGUGGUCGGAGAGCACGGACCCGUGCGGGGGGUCGUGGGAGGGCUCCUUCCGCUGCGACGACAACGGCCACGUCACCUUCCUGUCGCUAGCGCAGAAGCAGCUGCACGGGCCCAUCCCCGGCGUGCAGCUCGCCGCGCUCACGGCGCUCAACUACAUGUACGUCCGCAUGUCGCGACAAUGCACGCCGCCCACGCGCAUGGCGGAGCAGCAGGGAAUGCGGCGGAGCAGGUUAAGGCUGGGAGACGCAUGGCACAGACGUGCUUGCACUCACGUGCUCGGCUCGCUGGCCCUCCUCAGCUCUUGCCCACCCCGCCACCACCACGCGCCAUUCCCCUCCCUUCUCCCUUGCCCCUCAUGCUCCUCAUGCCUCUCACCCGCCGUCCGCUCGCCCCCACGCCCCCGUGUGUGCAGCGACCUGGCGUCGAACUCGUUCACGGGCCCCAUUCCCGAGCAGCUGCUGCGACUCACCUCGCUGCAGAUCCUGUCGCUGUCGUUCAACCAGCUAUCAGGCACGCUGCCAGCGGGCUUCAGCCAGCUCCAGGCGCUCAAGCAGCUGCAAGUGGCAGGCAACCAGCUAUCGGGCGAGCUGCCAGCAUCACUCUCCUCGCUCUCCAACCUCACCCUCCUCAACCUGUGCAAGAACCAGUUCACAGGGCUCAUCCCAGGCGACUGGAGCAGGAUGACUCAGAUGGCCACCCUGCGCCUGUCGUCCAACCAGCUGUCAGGCGAGGUGCCCUCGUGGUUUGGCUCCUGGUCCAAGAUCGUUGUGCUGGAGCUGUUUGGCAACAAGCUGGGCGGCUACAUCCCGCAGGACCUCGCCCAGGCCACCACGCUCGCCUCUCUAGCGCUGGACGUGAAUGAGCUGCGUGGGUCGCUGCCAGACUCCUUCAGCCGCCUCACCAACCUCAGAGAGCUGUACGUGUCGAGCAACAAGCUGGACGGCAGCAUCCCGGCGUCCUACAGCACUCUCACUCAGCUGCGAUUCAUUGACGUGAGCUACAACGCUGGGCUGGGCGGCCCCAUCCCCGCCUUCUUUGGUGACUUUGACAACCUGGCGUCCAUUGCGAUGCAGUUCUGCUCCUUCUCAGGGCCGCUGCCCCCCUCGCUAGGCAACCUAGUCCACGUGCAGGAGGUGCUGCUAGACAACAACCAGCUCAGCGGGCCCAUCCCGGACGAGUGGGGCACGGGGCUGGAGCGAGUGGAGGUGCUGCACCUCAACGACAACCAGCUGUCAGGGACCAUACCGGGCACGUUCUGCCACCUGGAGUAUGCCAAGGACGUCAACCUCGCCCUCAACCGCCUCCAAGGGCCCAUCCCCAUCUGCCUCACCUCGCUGCGCCGCAUCUCCUCCCUAGUGCUCUCCUUCAAUCGACUCACCGGCCCCGUGCCGCCUGUGCCAGCUGGCGUGCAGGUCUUCUUCAAGGUGAACGGCAACUGUCUAGACGGAGUGGAGGACCAGCAGUCGCCCUGCCCUGCCCCCGAUGAGCUUCCCCCUCCUGCCCCCACCCCACCCGAGCAGCCACAGCAGGAGGAGGCAGCACCAUCAAGCUCAUCCACAUGGUCAUGGAUGAGGGGGUUCCUCAUAGCGCUGCUGUCAGCCACGUUUGUGCUGCUGCUCAUCUUCGCCUUGGUGCUCCUCGCCAACCGCUCCGACUCCCACAACGCCUCGCGCUCCGACAACUGUCAGUGCCCCUCCCCUGCCACUCUGCCCCUCCCCCUGCCACUCUCCUCCCGCUCCCUAUCUGCCCCUCCCGCUCCCACUCUGCCCCUCCCGCUCCCACUCUGCCCCUCCCGCUCCCACUCUGCCCCUCCCGCUCCCACUCUGCCCCUCCCGCUCCCACUCUGCCCCUCCCGCUCCCACUCUGCCCCUCCCGCUCCCUCUCUGCCCCUCCCGCUCCCUCUCUGCCCCUCGCGCUCCCACUCUGCCCCUCCCUCUCCCACACUGCCCCUGCCUCUCUCACACUGCCCCUCCCUCUCCCACACUGCCCCUGCCUCUCUCACACUGCCCCUCCCUCUCUCACACUGCCCAUCUGCUCGUGCUCCAUGCAUCUCCUCACCCCACGCUCUACGUGCUCUCCUUUCAACCCUUAUUCGUGUCCCUCCGCUUCUCCCUUCCGCGUCUCUCCCUUGCCUCUCUCACCUUCUCACUCCCCCUGGCCUCCCCAGCUCGCCCCCCUCCCUCUUCCUUGCGACCAGCAUUGCUGCGGGAGCUGAGCCAUUCCACACCAACCAACCAAGCCGGCUCAACUCUUCACGCCACUCACAAGCCAACCUCAAAGCCCCCUUCCCCCUCUCCCAUCCCCCGCUGACGGUGCAGGAGUGCAGCCUGGGCAAGGAGUACAGUCUGGGCAAGAUCAAGAAGGCGACGCGCAGCUUCACCACGGUGUACGGGAGGGGCAGCUUCGGCACCGUGUACCUGGCUGAGGACUUCCUGCGCGACCAGAUCGAGACGCGCGCCAUCAUCAAACGCGCCCACGACCCCGAGAAGCUGGGCGAGUACGUGUUCAAGGCGAAGGCGGACUUCCUGGAGAGGCUGGGCGAGUACGUGUUCAAGGCGAAGGCGGACUUCCUGGCGCGGGUGCGGCACCGCAGCCUGGUGGCGCUGCUGGGGUUCUGUGUGGGCAAGGGCGAGCGCAUCCUCGUCUACGAGUACCUCCCCAACGGCUCCCUCUACGACCGCCUCCACCGCCCGGACCUGGAGCCGAUCCCGUGGGACACGCGCGUGCGCAUCGCGGCGAACGUGGCGUCGGCGCUGAGCUACCUGCACCACUGCUGCCACCCGCCCCUCGUGCACCGCGCCGUCACCUCCUCCAACAUCCUCCUCACCUUCGACAUGUCCGGCAAGCUGUCUGACUUUGGGCUGGCACGAGGCGGCUCCCCCGCCAUGUUUGACGACGGCUCCAAACGCCGCCGCCCCUCCAAGCCGGCACGCACGCGCAGCGGAGGGGUGGCGGAGGGCGAGGGGGGCGAGGGCGGGGAGGGGGGGGAGGAGGGGCAGAGUGCGCUGCAGGGGGGCGAGUUGGAGAAGGUGGAUGUGUAUGGGUUCGGAGUGGUGCUGCUGGAGCUGAUCACGGGGCAGAAGGCCAUGAAGGAGGUCCACAUCACCAGCCUCGCGGCGCCAUUCUUGGAGGAUGCGCAGAUGAUGCCGCUGAUGGUGGAUGCGGCACUCGGGGGGUUCUUCGACCAGGCGGAGCUCAUCGCACUCGGCACCAUUGCUCGCGACUGCGUGAAGGAGGACCCGUCGGCGCGGCCCUCCAUGCGCGACGUGGUGCGCACCAUGCAGGCGCAGCUUGACCUCGAGGCCGACCUCUUCGCCGCGCCGGCCGGGGUCGCUGGCACGGAUGACUUGGACCGGGGGGACGGGGGCGAUGGGGUGGCCAACUCCAGUGGGUAUGCACCGGUGGGCGGCAAGAGUGCGCUGGCCUCCGCAUGGGUGUCGUUGGAGAAUGUUGCUUCCUCUGUCCGCACCGCCCUGACCAGCCCCCGUGUGGCGCCGCCACAUCCCGCCAGCGAGAGCACAGCCGAUCCCACGGAUGUGGAGAUGUCCUCCCUGUUGCUCAUUGCGCCUCGUGCUGCACGUCGGUAG